CCAAAAUCAAAACCCCCAUCUAAUCUUUUCUUGAUUACAUGAUUCCGCAAAUCUAACGUCUACGAACUAAUCCGGACUUUUUCCUCUUCUGUGUGCUGUUUACUCCUCUAUAAUUGCCCAGCUCUCUCUCUUUUCUUUCUUUGUCUCUGUUUCACUCACUCCUCUGACUGAUAUUCUUUCUUUCUUUCAUUCUCUUCUUUUAUCGUUUUCUCGCCGUAGAUCUAGUCGUGGUGGACUGUUUUGGCUGUUUCGCUGGUGGUAUCAGAUCUGUUGGGGAGGUUGUGGGCCGUCGGAUGUGUGGACUUUGACUUGUAGUGAUUGGGUGCGGGUUCGGUGCAGGGGGUUACGAUGGGGCAGUGUUACGGAAAGGGUAAUCUGAGGACUGUGAAUGAUGGAAUGGAGAGUAAUACGAUAAAUUUGGUGGUUUCUGCCGAUCAGGAGGAGGAGCAGGUGCAGCAGCAGCAGGUGCAGCUACCGCCCAGAACUCCGGGGAAUGGAGCUGUCGGAUUGCCGUCGGUGAAGAAUACGCCGGCUAGGUCUUCUAAUUCGAGUCCUUGGCCUAGUCCGUAUCCCCAUGGUGUGGCGGCGAGUCCGUUGCCGGCGGGAGUGUCGCCUUCUCCGGCCAGAGGGUCUACUCCGAGGAGGUUUUUCAGACGGCCAUUCCCGCCGCCGUCUCCGGCGAAGCACAUAAGGGCGUCGUUAGCAAAGCGGUUUGGAGCUAAGCCUAAGGAAGGGCCUAUCCCGGAGGAGAGCGGGGCGGAGCCGGAACAAGCAUUAGACAAGAGCUUUGGAUACAACAAGAAUUUCGGCGCCAAGUACGAGCUGGGGAAGGAGAUUGGGCGAGGGCAUUUUGGUCAUACUUGCUCUGCCAGAGGCAAAAAGGGUGAGCUCAAGGAUCAUCCUGUUGCUGUGAAGAUCAUCUCCAAAGCUAAGAUGACCACAGCCAUAGCAAUUGAAGAUGUUCGAAGGGAGGUGAAAAUAUUGAGAGCGUUAUCUGGGCAUAAGCAUCUGGUUAAAUUUUAUGAUGCAUGUGAGGAUGCCAAUAACGUUUACAUAAUCAUGGAAUUAUGUGAGGGUGGGGAGCUCUUAGACAGAAUUUUAGCAAGAGGAGGGAGAUACACAGAAGAAGAUGCAAAGGCUAUAGUAGUGCAAAUUCUAAGUGUAGUUUCAUUUUGUCAUCUUCAGGGCGUAGUGCAUCGAGAUUUAAAGCCAGAGAAUUUCCUUUUUACUUCUGGUGGUGAAGAUGCUGAUAUGAAGCUUAUUGAUUUUGGUCUUUCUGACUUCAUUAGACCAGAUGAAAGACUCAAUGAUAUUGUUGGAAGUGCUUACUAUGUUGCUCCAGAGGUCCUGCAUAGAUCUUAUAGUCUGGAAGCAGAUAUAUGGAGCAUUGGUGUUAUCACCUAUAUCUUGUUAUGUGGAAGUCGACCUUUCUGGGCACGGACAGAAUCUGGAAUUUUUCGUGCUGUAUUAAGAUCUGAUCCAAAUUUUGAUGAUCUACCCUGGCCUUCUGUCUCUCCAGAGGCUAAAGACUUUGUGAAGAGACUCCUAAAUAAGGACUACAGAAAAAGAAUGACUGCCGUUCAAGCUCUAACUCACCCAUGGUUGCAGGAUGACAGCCGUCCAAUUCCUUUAGAUAUAUUGAUAUACAAGUUAGUUAAGUCAUACCUUAAUGCUACACCAUUCAAAAGGGCAGCCUUAAAGGCUCUCUCUAAAGCUUUGACUGAAGAUGAGUUGGUUUAUUUAAGGGCUCAGUUUGGACUGUUGGAACCAAAUAGAGAUGGAAGUAUGUCGUUUGAUAAUUUUAGAAAGGCUCUUGAGAGAAAUGCAACUGAUGCUAUGAUGGAAUCAAGGGUUCCUGAUGUUCUCAAUUCAAUGGAAUCCCUGGCUUAUAGGAAGAUGACCUUCGAAGAGUUUUGUGCAGCUGCAAUCAGCACGCAUCAAUUGGAGGCUCUUGAAGGGUGGGAGCAGAUUGCCUCCACUGCUUUUGAGCAUUUUGAACAGGAAGGCAAUCGAGUGAUUUCAAUAGAAGAGUUGGCACGAGAGCUGAAUGUUGGCCCUUCGGCUUAUUCAUUGCUCAAGGAUUGGGUCAGAAAUUCUGAUGGAAAGCUAAGUUUACUAGGAUAUACAAAAUUCUUACAUGGCGUUACUCUUCGUAGCACAAAUACAAGACAUCAUCAUUAGCCCAUUUUAGUCCUUGACAUAUAGUUUCUUGAAAUUUCAUGGCAUUUGGAAGAGUUUGUGAUUUUUUUUAGAAAGUUAUUUCUAUCUUGAGGUGGGGUACAGAAAAAAAAAAAUUGUGCAUAGAUGAAUGUGUUAGAGAUAUUAUUCCGGAAAUUACAGUGAAAA